CAGACACACCCAGACUGUGCAGUAUAGCAGCCCUGCCCUGCCUGCUCUCAUCACUUCGCUCUGCUUACCCGAGGCAGACCAGAGCCGCUGGCUCCCUGCACUUAUUGUGCCAGCCAAGGACCACACAGCCUGAAGUCCUCAUGCAAACAACCGUGCAGACAGAGCCAGCAAGGUCUUGUAGAAGGUAACAGACUCAAACUAUCAAGAUGGCGGAGGAGGAUACCAGGGAACUUUUGCUACCCAACUGGAAAGGGAGUGGGACUAUGGGUCUCACCCUUGACCAAAACGAUGAAGGAGUUUUCGUUAAACAACUAGUACAGAACUCACCAGCUGCCAAGACCGGAGUUGUUCGAGAAGGUGACCAGAUUGUAGGUGCAACUGUGUACUUUGACAACAUGUCAUCAGAGGAUAUUCAAAAGCUACUGGCAAAUGUAGGGCAGCACACCGUCGGCCUCAAACUACAGAGAAAAGGGGAUCGAUCCCCUCAGCCUGGUGUGACCUAUUCACAUGACGUCUUCAGCUUGAAAAGUCCUGAUGUUGUUCUGAGUGGAGAUGAUGAAGAGUACAAACGAAUUUACACCAAAAAAAUUAAGCCACGUUUGAAGUCUGAUGAGACUCUAGAACCAGAGACCCAGACAAGGACCAUCACCGUUACAAGGAAGGUUACAGCUUAUACUGUGGAUGUGACUGGCUCAACAGACUCAAAAGAGAUUGAUAUAAGUAGCCCUGAAUACAAAAUCAAGAUUCCUCGUCAUGAAAUAACAGAGAUUUCAAAAACUAGUGUUGAGACAGAAGAGGGUAAAACCAUGAUCAAAAUUCCUGGUAUUGAUGUAUCUGGGAAAAGCUUGCAAACAAGUGGAGAGUCCAGUGUUUCCCUUCCAGGAGAUUCUUUGAAUGUUCACACCACUACUGCGAGAUACAAAGGACAAUUUGCAUUUCCUGAAGGUAAAAAUGAUGCUAAUUCUCAAGUUGGCAAACUAGCCUCUGCAGGCAUACAUGUGCCAGAUUUAAGUAUUUCUGGGCCAAAAUUCCAAAGUUAUGAAAAGAAAAUUGAUGUCAAAACAUCCAGAUUUGGGGCAGAACAUAUUGAUUUUAGAAGCCCUAAUUUUAUGGGUGCUUCUGAAGAGAUUGGACUUGAGGUAAAAACACCUGAUCGUGAUACUUCAACAAAGUCAGCUGUGAAUAUCAAAGAAAGUCAGAGCACAACUUCUAAAAUUGGCUUCCAAACAUCUAGUACAACAGUAAAAGGUUUGCAGCUUGAUGUAAAAGCGCCCGAGAGUCUGAAAAGUGGAACCUUAAACACAAGUGUUAGAAUGCCAGAAACAGAUAUAAACAUUUCUUCUACACAAUCCCAGUUUGCCAAUGUAAGUGGAAAUAUUCAAACACCUAAAAUAGACUUACACAGUCAGGAUAAAAGUGGUAAAUCGAUAGAAAUAGCGCUCCAAGGUGAAAAUAUUAAGAUGUCAAACUUUACAUCUAUGGGACCAAAGUUAGACACUCAGUUCAAGCUCAGUCAAUCUAGUCAAGAGGGAUUAGCAACUACUGGUGCUAAUGUGGACAUCACUUCAGGAUUUGAAGGAAAAGCAAAUAUUUCUAAGGUAAAUGUGACAGGACCAAUUGUAAAUUUGAAAGGAACUGAUGUAGAGCUGGAAAACUCUGUGGGCAAGAUAAGCAUGCCUUCAUUUAAAGUGCCAAAAUUUGGUUUCUCAGAAACAAAUGAUGAGACUACCCAACCUGAAUUGACACUUCAAGGAACAAAUUUGCCAGAGGGUAAAAGCGAGACAUGGGGGGUUAAUGUACCAAAACUUUCCAUGCCAAAUGUAAGGAUAGAUACAAAAGGUCCUAGUAGGAGGAUGGGGACUGAGAUUUCAGGUAUUGAGAGUGAACAUGAUUUAAAAUUUGGUGUUAAGUUUCCAGAGGCUAGCAUUGCAACUAAAGGUGUUGGAAUUAAAGGUUCGAACGUUUCCAUUGAGGGUAAGGAGGGACCUGUAGAAAUUGCAGAUGUGGGUGGUUUGGAGGGAGGGCUAAAAAUGCCUAAAUUUAAUUUGCCUAAAUUCACGUUGUCAGAAUCAAAAGGUGGGAUUAAUCCAUCAGACCAUCAAGCUGAUAUAGUAGGUAAUUUAAAACCUCAAGCUCUAGACAUUAAAAGUCAGUUUGGGAAUGUUGAAGAAGGUCACCUAGCUAAGUCAUCUGUAAGUGUCUCUUUGCCGAAAAUAUCUGAGCCUGCUAUGAAUCUUACUUUGAAAGGCUGUAAAGAAAUUGAUAUUUCAAAACCUAAAAUUAACAUUAUGGGUCCCACAGCUGACCUAGAUGCCACAGAUAUGAAUAUUGGUGGAAAAGUUGAAGGUUUAAAAUUUAAAGUGCCACCAGUGCAACUUCCAAAAUCUGAAACUAAACUGAAAGGUCCUACAAUAGAAGGAAAUCUGGAAAGUGUCAGUGAUAGUAUUAAAGUACCAGAAGUUGAAUUUGAAGCCGCAAAAAUUAACCUAGGAUCUCCAGAAAGUAAGCUUAGUAUGCCCACAUUUAAAAUGCCAAAGUUUGGGAUUUCUGAGUCAAACUUGGAUGGAAGACGUGUUGAUGUAGACCUACCCAAACUGGAUGUAAGUACCAUUGAUGCCAAAAUAGAUGUUGAUAGCUCUAAACUUAAUACACAGUCUGUAAAUAUCAGUUUAUCAAAGGUACCUGAGGUUGAUCUUAAUGUUAAAGGUCCUAAAUUUGAAGAUGCAAAAGGUCAAAAAGUUGCUAUUAAGACCCCAGAAGUUGACCUUCAAGCCCCAGAUGUAGAACUUAAUGGUAAAGUAAAAGGUCCCAAAAGCAAGAUGCCUUCAGUAAUUCUCCCAAAAAUACCCAUGCCUGAUUUUGACAUUAAUCUGAAAGGUCCAAAAGUUGAAGAUAUAAAAGGCCCUAAAGUUGAUAUUAAGGCAUCUGAGGUAGAACUUCCGAAAAUGCGUAUGCCUGAUGUUGAUCUAAACCUAAAGGGGCCAAAGCUAGAGGGAAAUUUAAAUAUUAGGACUCAGGAAGUUGACUUAGAAUCACCUGAUAUUAUUCUGAAAGGUUCAGAAGGAAAGCUUAAGAUGCCAAAGUUUGGUUUUUCAGGACAAAAUGUUGAAGGUUCUGAAGGUGAUAUUAGUCUUCCUACAGCUAAUCUUGAUGUGUGUGGACUAGAUGUUGAAACACCUGAAGUUAAGUUGAAGGGUCCUAAAUUAGAAAUGCCCUCUAUGAAUUUUAAUUUACCAAAAAUAUCUAAGCCUGAUUUUGAUCUGAGUAUGAAAGGUCCUAAAAUUGAAGGAGAUCUAAAAGGCCCUAACAUUGACAUUAAGGCCCCUGAAGUUGAUUUUAAAGUCCCAUAUGUAGAAGUCGAUGAUAAGGUGAAAGGUCCAAAAUUCAAGAUGCCAUCAGUAUCUGUACCAAAAAUGACUAUGCCAGAAUUUGACAUCAAUUUAAAAAAUUCUAAGUUGGAAGGGGACAUCAAGGGUCCCAAAAUUGACAUGAAGGGGCCUAAGGUGGACCUUAAUGCUCCUGAAGUAGACAUAGAUGGGAAAGUAAAAGGUUCAAAAUUGAAAAUGCCUUCAGUUAAUUUUCCCCAAAUUUCUAUGCCUGAUGUUGAUUUGAAUAUGAGAGGCCCAAAUUGGAAAGGAGGGGCAGAUAUUUUGUUACCCAAAGCAGAAGGAGAGGUAAAAGGUCUUAAUUUUGACUUAAAGGGUGCAGAGUUUAAUGCAGAUAUGACAGGUGUUGAUCUAGAAGGUCCAGAAGGAAAAGUGAGAAUUCCCAAAUUUAAAAUGCCAAAGUUUGGAUUUUCAGGAUCUAGUGUUGAAUCUACUGGACUGGAUGUUGAUAUUCCUAAAGCUGAUCUUGAUUUGUCUGAACCAGAAUUAGAUGUCUCUGGCCCUGAUGUUAAAGUAAAAGGCUCCAAAUUUAAAAUGCCCUCAAUAAAUUUCAAUCGGCCCAAGUUAUCUAAGCCCGAGCUAACUGUGAAAGGUCCGAAGAUUGAAGGAGAUGUGACAAUUCCUAAAGUUGACAUUAAGGCACCAGAGAUCGACAUAGACGCCCCAGAUGUAAACCUUGAUGGCAAAGUAAAAGGUCCAAAAUUCAGGAUGCCCUCUGCACAUCUUCCAAAAAUGUCCAUGCCUGAUUUUGACAUUAAUCUUAAAGGUCCUAAAGUUGAAGGAGAUGUAAAAUGCCCUAACGUUGAAAUGAAGGCACCAGAUGUACACCUAGAAGCCCCAGAUGUAGAUCUUGAUGGUAAAGUAAAAGGUCCAAAAUUCAGGAUGCCCUCUGUAAAUCUUCCAAAAAUGUCCAUGCCUGAUUUUGACAUUAAUCUUAAAGGUCCUAAAGUUGAAGGAGAUGUAAAAGGCCCUAAAGUUGACAUUAAGGCACCAGAGGUAGACCUAGAAGCCCCAGAUGUAAACCUUGAUGGCAAAGUAAAAGGUCCAAAAUUCAGAAUGCCCUCUGCACAGCUUCCAAAAAUGUCCAUGCCUGAUUUUGACAUUAAUCUUAAAGGUCCUAAAGUUGAAGGAGAUGUAAAAGGCCCUAAAGUUGACAUUAAGGCACCAGAGGUAGACCUAGAAGCCCCAGACGUAAACCUUGAUGGCAAAGUAAAAGGUCCAAAAUUCAGAAUGCCCUCUGUAAAUCUUCCAAAAAUGUCCAUGCCUGAUUUUGACAUUAAUCUGAAAGGUCCUAAAGUUGAAGGAGAUGUAAAAGGCCCUAAAGUUGACAUUAAGGCACCAGAGGUAGACCUAGAAGCCCCAGAUGUAAACCUUGAUGGCAAAGUAAAAGGUCCAAAAUUCAGGAUGCCCUCUGCACAUCUUCCAAAAAUGUCCAUGCCUAAUUUUGACAUUAAUCUUAAAGGUCCUAAAGUUGAAGGAGAUGUAAAAUGCCCUAAAGUUGACAUUAAGGCACCAGAGGUAGACCUAGAAGCCCCAGAUGUAAACCUUGAUGGCAAAGUAAAAGGUGCAAAAUUCAGGAUGCCCUCUGCACAGCUUCCAAAAAUGUCCAUGCCUGAUUUUGACAUUAAUCUUAAAGGUCCUAAAGUUGAAGGAGAUGUAAAAUGCCCUAAAGUUGACAUUAAGGCACCAGAGGUAGACCUAGAAGCCCCAGACGUAAACCUUGAUGGCAAAGUAAAAGGUCCGAAAUUCAGAAUGCCCUCUGUAAAUCUUCCAAAAAUGUCCAUGCCUGAUUUUGACAUUAAUCUGAAAGGUCCUAAAGUUGAAGGAGAUGUAAAAUGCCCUAAAGUUGACAUUAAGGCACCAGAGGUAGACCUAGAAGCCCCAGAUAUAAACCUUGAUGGCAAAGUAAAAGGUCCAAAGUUCAGGAUGCCCUCUGCACAUCUUCCAAAAAUGUCCAUGCCUGAUUUUGACAUUAAUCUUAAAGGUCCUAAAGUUGAAGGAGAUGUAAAAUGCCCUAAAGUUGACAUUAAGGCACCAGAGGUAGACCUAGAAGCCCCAGAUGUAAACCUUGAUGGCAAAGUAAAAGGUGCAAAAUUCAGGAUGCCCUCUGUAAAUCUUCCAAAAAUGUCCAUGCCUGAUUUUGACAUUAAUCUUAAAGGUCCUAAAGUUGAAGGAGAUGUAAAAGGCCCUAAAGUUGAAAUGAAGGCACCAGAGGUAGACCUAGAAGCCCCAGAUGUAGAUCUUGAUGGUAAAGUAAAAGGUCCAAAAUUCAGAAUGCCCUCUGUAAAUCUACCAAAAAUGUCCAUGCCUGAUUUUGACAUUAAUCUUAAAGGUCCUAAAGUUGAAGGAGAUGUAAAAUGCCCUAAAGUUGACAUUAAGGCACCAGAGGUAGACCUAGAAGCCCCAGAUGUAAACCUUGAUGGCAAAGUAAAAGGUGCAAAAUUCAGGAUGCCCUCUGCACAGCUUCCAAAAAUGUCCAUGCCUGAUUUUGACAUUAAUCUUAAAGGUCCUAAAGUUGAAGGAGAUGUAAAAGGCCCUAAAGUUGACAUUAAGGCACCAGAGGUAGACCUAGAAGCCCCAGAUGUAAACCUUGAUGGCAAAGUAAAAGGUGCAAAAUUCAGGAUGCCCUCUGCACAGCUUCCAAAAAUGUCCAUGCCUGAUUUUGACAUUAAUCUUAAAGGUCCUAAAGUUGAAGGAGAUGUAAAAGGCCCUAAAGUUGACAUUAAGGCACCAGAGGUAGACCUAGAAGCCCCCGAUGUAAACCUUGAUGGCAAAGUAAAAGGUCCAAAAUUCAGAAUGCCCUCUGUAAAUCUACCAAAAAUGUCCAUGCCUGAUUUUGACAUUAAUCUUAAAGGUCCUAAAGUUGAAGGAGAUGUAAAAUGCCCUAAAGUUGACAUUAAGGCACCAGAGGUAGACCUAGAAGCCCCAGAUGUAAACCUUGAUGGCAAAGUAAAAGGUGCAAAAUUCAGGAUGCCCUCUGCACAGCUUCCAAAAAUGUCCAUGCCUGAUUUUGACAUUAAUCUUAAAGGUCCUAAAGUUGAAGGAGAUGUAAAAGGCCCUAAAGUUGACAUUAAGGCACCAGAGGUAGACCUAGAAGCCCCCGAUGUAAACCUUGAUGGCAAAGUAAAAGGUCCAAAAUUCAGAAUGCCCUCUGUAAAUCUACCAAAAAUGUCCAUGCCUGAUUUUGACAUUAAUCUUAAAGGUCCUAAAGUUGAAGGAGAUGUAAAAUGCCCUAAAGUUGACAUUAAGGCACCAGAGGUAGACCUAGAAGCCCCAGAUAUAAACCUUGAUGGCAAAGUAAAAGGUCCAAAGUUCAGGAUGCCCUCUGCACAUCUUCCAAAAAUGUCCAUGCCUGAUUUUGACAUUAAUCUUAAAGGUCCUAAAGUUGAAGGAGAUGUAAAAUGCCCUAAAGUUGACAUUAAGGCACCAGAGGUAGAUCUAGAAGCCCCCGAUGUAAACCUUGAUGGCAAAGUAAAAGGUCCAAAAUUCAGGAUGCCCUCUGUAAAUCUUCCAAAAAUGUCCAUGCCUGAUUUUGACAUUAAUCUUAAAGGUCCUAAAGUUGAAGGAGAUGUAAAAGGCCCUAAAGUUGACAUUAAGGCACCAGAGGUAGACCUAGAAGCCCCAGAUGUAAACCUUGAUGGCAAAGUAAAAGGUGCAAAAUUCAGGAUGCCCUCUGCACAGCUUCCAAAAAUGUCCAUGCCUGAUUUUGACAUUAAUCUUAAAGGUCCCAAAGUUGAAGGAGAUGUAAAGGGCCCUAAAGUUGAAAUUAAGGCACCAGAGGUAGGCCUAGAAGCCCCAGAUGUAGAUCUUGAUGGUAAAGUAAAAGGUCCAAAAUUCAGGAUGCCCUCUGUAAAUCUUCCAAAAAUGUCCAUGCCUGAUGUUGAUUUAAAUUUGAAAGGUCCAAACUGGAAAGGAAAAACUGAUUAUGAAUUACCCAAAGUAGAAGGCGGGGUAAAGGGUCCAGAGAUUGAUAUAGGAAUGCCUGACGUUGAUAGUCCAGAAGGAAAACUAAAAAUGCCUAAAUUUAAAAUGCCAAAGUUUGGAUUUUCUGGGCCACAUGUUGAAGGCUCAAGCAAUCUUGAUCUUGAUAUUAGUUUACCUAAAAUGUCUAUGCCAGAUGUGGAUAUGAAUAUUAAAGGCCCUAAGUGGAGGGGUGGAGAAGCUGAUAUUUCUACUCCUAAUUUGGAAGUAGACCUAAAAGGGCCAGCUGUUGAUGUAAAGGCUCCAGAGGUAGAUAUUGAAGGACCUGAAGGCAAACUUAAAGCUCCUAAAAUUAAAAUGCCAAAGAUUUCUAUGCCUGAUAUUGAUUUUAAUUUAAAGGGACCCAAAAUAAAAGCAGGAGGAGAUAUUGAAUUGGGGGAUGCUGAAAUUAAACUCCCUAAAUUAGAGGGAGAUUUAAAAGGUCCAGAUUUUGACCUUGAAGUACCCAUUGGUAAUGUAGAAUUAUCUGAAGGGAAACUGAAAAUGCCAACAUUUAAAAUGCCAAAAUUUGGUUUUUCAGGCCCUUCUGCAGAGGGGUCUGGUGUAGAUGUUGACAUUUCUGGACCAAAGAUGAAUGUAAAAACACCAGAGGUAGGAGUUGAAAUCCCAGGAGGAAAGGUUAAAAGUCCUAACGUUAAAGUGCCGUCAGUUAAUUUAAACCUACAGCAUGUUUCCAUGCCUGACAUAGAUCUGAAUCUGAAAGGACCCAAAUUAAAAGGAGGAAUAGAUGGACCAGAUGCAAAUAUUGAAGCAGAUCUAAAAGGUCCAAAAAUUGAAAUUAAAGGUCCAGAGAUGCAGGUUCCAAGCUCAUCAUUAUCUGCUGAAUUACCAGAGGGUAAAGUUAAAGGUUCUAAAUUUAAGUUACCAUCAUGGGGAUUUUCAAAACCAAGCAUAUCCAUACCUGAUGUAGAUCUUAAUUUGAAAGGGUCAAAAGUUAAAGGUGACCUAGAUAUUACAGCAAAGGGAGGAAGUCUUAAAGGACCAGAAUUAGGAGUUGGGUUGCCUGAAGUAGACAUUGAUGUACCUGACGCAAAGGUUAAAAAGUCUAAAUUCAGGCUUCCAAAGUUUAACUUUUCAGGUAGUAAAGCAGCCAGUGCAGAAAUAAAGGUUCCAAAACCUGAUGUUGAGGUUAGUGGGCCUGAUGUGGACAUUCCCAAUUUAGAAGCAAAGGGUAAAGCUCAAAAAUUUAAAAUGCCAUCAUUAAACAUAACAAGCCCUAAGAUGUCAGUACCAGACGUAGAAUUGAAUUUGAAAGAACCUAAAUUUGAAGGCGAUUUGAAAGGGCCUAAAAUAGAUAUUAGAAGCCCUGAUGUAGAGGCUGCACCAGAUAUAGAUAUUGAUGGCAAAAUUAAAGGUGGUCCUAAAUUUAAAAUGUCAUCAAUGCAGUUUCCAAAAAUGUCCAUGCCUGAUGUUGAUCUCAGUUUAAAAGGUCCUAAAAUUGAAGGUGACUUGAAAGGUCCCAAUAUUGACAUAAAAGGGCCUGAGUUAGAUAUUGAAGGUCCAGACAUUGAAUUAGAGACACCAGAUGUCAAUUUGAAAGGCUCUGAAGGAAAAUUCAAAAUGCCCAAAUUUAAAAUGCCCAAAUUUGGUAUGUCAGGGCCAAAAGUGGAAGGACUGAAUGUAGAUGUUAGCUUACCAAAAGGCAAUGUUGAUGUUUCUGGCCCAAGUGUAGAUAUUAAGCCACCUGAAAUUGACAUAGAAGGCCCGGAAGGGAAGUUGAAAGGUCCACAUUUAAAGAUGCCAAAGAUGCCAUCAAUGAAUAUCCAUGCACCCAAAUUAUCCAUGCCAGAUUUUGACUUAAAUCUGAAAGGUCCAAGAGUUGAGGGAGAUUUGAAAGGACCCAAAGUUGAUAUCAAGUGCCCAGAGGUUGAUCUAGAUGCCCCUGACAUAGAUGUUGAUGGAAAAGUCAAAGGGCCCAAGUUCGGAUUGUCAUCAAUACAGAUUCCAAAAAUGUCCAUGCCCGAUGUUGAUUUCAAUCUAAAAGGUCCUAAAAUUGAAGGUGACUUGAAAGGUCCCAAUAUUGACAUUAAAGGUCCUGAGUUGAAUGUUGAAGGUCCAGACGUUGAAUUAGAGACACCAGAUAUCAAUUUGAGAGGCUCUGAAGGAAAAUUCAAAAUGCCCAAAUUUAAUAUGCCAAAAUUUGGUAUGUCAGGGCCAAAAGUGGAAGGACUGGAUAUAGAUUUUAACUUACCAAAGAGCAAUGUUGACAUUUCUGGGCCAAGUGUAGAUAUUAAGCCACCUGAAAUUGACAUAGAAGGCCCGGAAGGGAAGUUGAAAGGUCCACAUUUAAAGAUGCCAAAGAUGCCAUCAAUGAAUAUCCAUGCCCCAAAAUUAUCCAUGCCAGAUUUCGACUUAAAUCUGAAAGGUCCAAAAGUUGAGGGAGAUUUGAAAGGACCCAAAGGUGAUAUCAAGUGCCCAGAGGUUGACCUUGAUGCCCCUGACAUAGAUGUUGAUGGAAAAGACAAAGGUCCCAAGUUCGGAUUGCCAUCAAUGCAGUUUCCAAAAAUGUCCAUGCCCGAUGUUGAUUUCAAUCUAAAAGGUCCUAAAAUUGAAGGUGACUUGAAAGGUCCCAAUAUUGACAUAAAAGGUCCUGAGUUGAAUGUUGAAGGUCCAGACGUUGAAUUAGAGACACCAGAUAUCAAAUUGAGAGGCUCUGAAGGAAAAUUCAAAAUGCCCAAAUUUAAUAUGCCAAAAUUUGGUAUGUCAGGGCCAAAAGUGGAAGGACUGGAUGUAGAUGUUAGCUUACCAAAAGGCAGUGUUGAUGUUUCUGGCCCAAGUGUAGAUAUUAAGCCACCUGAAAUUGACAUAGAAGGCCCUGAAGGGAAGUUGAAAGGUCCACAUUUAAAGAUGCCAAAGAUGCCAUCAAUGAAUAUCCAUGCACCAAAAUUAUCCAUGCCAGAUUUUGACUUAAAUCUGAAAGGUCCAAAAGUUGAGGGAGAUUUGAAAGGACCCAAAGUUGAUAUCAAGUGCCCAGAGGUUGAUCUAGAUGCCCCUGACAUAGAUGUUGAUGGAAAAGUCAAAGGUCCCAAGUUCGGAUUGUCAUCAAUACAGAUUCCAAAAAUGUCCAUGCCCAAUGUUGAUCUCAAUCUAAAAGGUCCUAAAAUUGAAGGUGACUUGAAAGGUCCCAAUAUUGACAUAAAAGGUCCUGAGUUGAAUGUUGAAGGUCCAGACGUUGAAUUAGAGACACCAGAUAUCAAUUUGAGAGGCUCUGAAGGAAAAUUCAAAAUGCCAAAAUUUAAUAUGCCAAAAUUUGGUAUGUCAGGGCCAAAAGUGGAAGGACUGGAUGUAGAUGUUAGCUUACCAAAAGGCAGUGUUGAUGUUUCUGGCCCAAGUGUAGAUAUUAAGCCACCUGAAAUUGACAUAGAAGGCCCUGAAGGGAAGUUGAAAGGUCCACAUUUAAAGAUGCCAAAGAUGCCAUCAAUGAAUAUCCAUGCACCAAAAUUAUCCAUGCCAGAUUUUGACUUAAAUCUAAAAGGUCCAAAAGUUGAGGGAGAUUUGAAAGGACCCAAAGUUGAUAUCAAAUGCCCAGAGGUUCACCUUGAUGCCCCUGACAUAGAUGUUGAUGGAAAAGUCAAAGGUCCCAAGUUCGGAUUGCCAUCAAUGCAUAUUCCAAAAAUGUCCAUGCCCGAUAUUGAUUUCAAUCUAAAAGGUCCUAAAAUUGAAGGUGACUUGAAAGGUCCCAAUGUUGACAUAAAAGGUCCUGAGUUAGAUAUUGAAGGCCCAGACAUUGAAUUUGAGACACCAGAUGUCAAUUUAAAAGGCUCUGAAGGAAAAUUCAAAAUGCCCAAAUUUAAAAUGCCCAAAUUUGGUAUGUCGGGGCCAAAAGUGGAAGGACUGGAUGUAGAUUUGAACUUACCAAAAGGCAAUGUUGAUAUUUCUGGGCCAAAUGUAGAUAUUAGGCCACCUGAAAUUGACAUAGAAGGCCCUGAAGGGAAAUUGAAAGGUCCACAUUUAAAGAUGCCAAAGAUGCCAUCAAUGAAUAUCCAUGCACCAAAAAUAUCCAUGCCAGAUUUUGACUUAAAUCUGAAAGGUCCAAAAGUUGAGGGAGAUUUGAAAGGACCCAAAGGUGAUAUCAAGUGCCCAGAGGUUGACCUUGAUGCCCCUGACAUAGAUGUUGAUGGAAAAGUCAAAGGUCCAAAGUUCAGAUUGCCAUCAAUGCAUAUUCCAAAAAUGUCCAUGCCCGAUGUUGAUUUCAAUCUAAAAGGUCCUAAAAUUGAAGGUGACUUGAAAGGUCCCAAUAUUGACAUAAAAGGUCCUGAGUUAGAUUUCGAAAGUCCAGACAUUGAAUUAGAGACACCAGAUGUCAAUUUAAAAGGCUCUGAAGGAAAAUUCAAAAUGCCCAAAUUUAAAAUGCCCAAAUUUGGUAUGUCAGGGCCAAAAGUGGAAGGACUGGAUGUAGAUUUGAACUUACCAAAAGGCAAUGUUGAUAUUUCUGGGCCAAAUGUAGAUAUUAGGCCACCUGAAAUUGACAUAGAAGGCCCUGAAGGGAAAUUGAAAGGUCCACAUUUAAAGAUGCCAAAGAUGCCAUCAAUGAAUAUCCAUGCACCAAAAAUAUCCAUGCCAGAUUUUGACUUAAAUCUGAAAGGUCCAAAAGUUGAGGGAGAUUUGAAAGGACCCAAAGGUGAUAUCAAGUGCCCAGAGGUUGACCUUGAUGCCCCUGACAUAGAUGUUGAUGGAAAAGUCAAAGGUCCCAAGUUCGGAUUGCCAUCAAUGCAGUUUCCAAAAAUGUCCAUGCCCGAUGUUGAUUUCAAUCUAAAAGGUCCUAAAAUUGAAGGUGACUUGAAAGGUCCCAAUAUUGACAUAAAAGGUCCUGAGUUAGAUAUUGAAGGUCCAGACAUUGAAUUAGAGACACCAGAUGUCAAUUUAAAAGGCUCUGAAGGAAAAUUUAAAAUGCCCAAAUUUAAAAUGCCCAAAUUUGGUAUGUCAGGGCCAAAAGUGGAAGGACUGGAUGUAGAUUUGAACUUACCAAAAGGCAAUGUUGAUAUUUCUGGGCCAAAUGUAGAUAUUAGGCCACCUGAAAUUGACAUAGAAGGCCCUGAAGGGAAAUUGAAAGGUCCACAUUUAAAGAUGCCAAAGAUGCCAUCAAUGAAUAUCCAUGCACCAAAAAUAUCCAUGCCAGAUUUUGACUUAAAUCUGAAAGGUCCAAAAGUUGAGGGAGAUUUGAAAGGACCCAAAGGUGAUAUCAAGUGCCCAGAGGUUGACCUUGAUGCCCCUGACAUAGAUGUUGAUGGAAAAGUCAAAGGUCCCAAGUUCGGAUUGCCAUCAAUGCAGUUUCCAAAAAUGUCCAUGCCCGAUGUUGAUUUCAAUCUAAAAGGUCCUAAAAUUGAAGGUGACUUGAAAGGUCCCAAUAUUGACAUAAAAGGUCCUGAGUUAGAUAUUGAAGGUCCAGACAUUGAAUUAGAGACACCAGAUGUCAAUUUAAAAGGCUCUGAAGGAAAAUUUAAAAUGCCCAAAUUUAAAAUGCCCAAAUUUGGUAUGUCAGGGCCAAAAGUGGAAGGACUGGAUGUAGAUUUGAACUUACCAAAAAGCAGUGUUGAUAUUUCUGGGCCAAGUGUAGAUAUUAAGCCACCUGAAAUUGACAUAGAAGGCCCUGAAGGGAAAUUGAAAGGUCCACAUUUAAAGAUGCCAAAGAUGCCAUCAAUGAAUAUCCAUGCACCAAAAUUAUCCAUGCCAGAUUUCGACUUAAAUCUGAAAGGUCCAAAAGUUGAGGGAGAUUUGAAAGGACCCAAAGGUGAUAUCAAGUGCCCAGAGGUUGACCUUGAUGCCCCUGACAUAGAUGUUGAUGGAAAAGUCAAAGGUCCCAAGUUCGGAUUGCCAUCAAUGCAGUUUCCAAAAAUGUCCAUGCCCGAUGUUGAUUUCAAUCUAAAAGGUCCUAAAAUUGAAGGUGACUUGAAAGGUCCCAAUAUUGACAUAAAAGGUCCUGAGUUAGAUAUUGAAGGUCCAGACAUUGAAUUAGAGACACCAGAUGUCAAUUUAAAAGGCUCUGAAGGAAAAUUCAAAAUGCCCAAAUUUAAAAUGCCCAAAUUUGGUAUGUCGGGGCCAAAAGUUGAAGGACUGGAUGUAGAUUUGAACUUACCAAAAGGCAAUGUUGAUAUUUCUGGGCCAAGUGUAGAUAUUAAGCCACCUGAAAUUGACAUGGAAGGCCCUGAAGGGAAAUUGAAAGGUCCACAUUUAAAGAUGCCAAAGAUGCCAUCAAUGAAUAUCCAUGCACCAAAAUUAUCCAUGCCAGAUUUUGACUUAAAUCUGAAAGGUCCAAAAGUUGAGGGAGAUUUGAAAGGACCCAAAGGUGAUAUCAAGUGCCCAGAGGUUCACCUUGAUGCCCCUGACAUAGAUGUUGAUGGAAAAGUCAAAGGUCCCAAGUUCGGAUUGCCAUCAAUGCAUAUUCCAAAAAUGUCCAUGCCUGAUGUUGAUUUUAAUCUGAAAGGUCCUAAAAUUGAAGGUGACUUGAAAGGUCCCAAUAUUGACAUAAAAGGUCCUGAGUUAGAUAUUGAAGGUCCAGACUUUGAAUUAGAGACACCAGAUGUCAAUUUAAAAGGCUCUGAAGGAAAAUUCAAAAUGCCCAAAUUUAAAAUGCCCAAAUUUGGUAUGUCAGGGCCAAAAGUGGAAGGACUGGAUGUAGAUUUGAACUUACCAAAAGGCAAUGUCGAUAUUUCUGGGCCAAGUGUAGAUAUUAAGUCACCUGAAAUUGACAUAGAAGGCCCUGAAGGGAAAUUGAAAGGUCCACAUUUAAAGAUGCCAAAGAUGCCAUCAAUGAAUAUCCAUGCACCAAAAUUAUCCAUGCCAGAUUUUGACUUAAAUCUGAAAGGUCCAAAAGUUGAGGGAGAUUUGAAAGGACCCAAAGGUGAUAUCAAGUGCCCAGAGGUUCACCUUGAUGCCCCUGACAUAGAUGUUGAUGGAAAAGUCAAAGGUCCCAAGUUCGGAUUGCCAUCAAUGCAUAUUCCAAAAAUGUCCAUGCCUGAUGUUGAUUUUAAUCUGAAAGGUCCUAAAAUUGAAGGUGACUUGAAAGGUCCCAAUAUUGACAUAAAAGGUCCUGAGUUAGAUAUUGAAGGUCCAGACUUUGAAUUAGAGACACCAGAUGUCAAUUUAAAAGGCUCUGAAGGAAAAUUCAAAAUGCCCAAAUUUAAAAUGCCCAAAUUUGGUAUGUCAGGGCCAAAAGUGGAAGGACUGGAUGUAGAUUUGAACUUACCAAAAGGCAAUGUCGAUAUUUCUGGGCCAAAUGUAGAUAUUAAGUCACCUGAAAUUGACAUAGAAGGCCCUGAAGGGAAAUUGAAAGGUCCACAUUUAAAGAUGCCAUCAAUGAAUAUCCAUGCACCAAAAUUAUCCAUGCCAGAUUUUGACUUAAAUCUGAAAGGUCCAAAAGUUGAGGGAAAUUUGAAAGGACCCAAAGGUAAUAUUAAGUGCCCAGAGGUUGACCUUGAUGCCCCUGACAUAGAUGUUGAUGGAAAAGUCAAAGGUCCCAAGUUCGGAUUGCCAUCAAUGCAGUUUCCAAAAAUGUCCAUGCCCGAUGUUGAUUUAAAUCUAAAAGGUCCUAAAAUUGAACGUGACUUGAAAGGUCCCAAUAUUGACAUAAAAGGUCCUAAGUUAGAUAUUGAAGGUCCAGACAUUGAAUUAGAGACACCAGAUGUCAAUUUGAAAGGCUCUGAAGGAAAAUUCAAAAUGCCCAAAUUUAAAAUGCCCAAAUUUGGUAUGUCGGGGCCAAAAGUGGAAGGACUGGAUGUAGAUUUGAACUUACCAAAAGGCAAUGUUGAUAUUUCUGGGCCAAGUGUAGAUAUUAAGCCACCUGAAAUUGACAUAGAAGGCCCUGAAGGGAAGUUGAAAGGUCCACAUUUGAAGAUGCCAAAGAUGCCAUCAAUGAAUAUCCAUGCACCAAAAUUAUCCAUGCCAGAUUUAGACUUAAAUCUGAAAGGUCCAAAAGUUGAGGGAGAUUUGAAAGGACCCAAAGUUGAUAUCAAGUGCCCAGAGGUUGACCUUGGUGCCCCUGACAUAGAUGUUGAUGUAAAAGUCAAAGGUCCCAAGUUCGGAUUGCCAUCAAUGCAUAUUCCAAAGAUGUCCAUGCCCGAUGUUGAUUUUAAUCUAAAAGGUCCUAAAAUUGAAGGUGAUUUGAAAGGUCCUAAUAUUGACAUAAAAGGUCCUGAGUUGAAUGUUGAAGGUCCAGACGUUGAAUUAGAGACACCAGAUAUCAAUUUGAGAGGCUCUGAAGGAAAAUUCAAAAUGCCCAAAUUUAAUAUGCCAAAAUUUGGUAUGUCAGGGCCAAAAGUGGAAGGACUGAAUGUAGAUGUUAGCUUACCAAAAGGCAAUGUUGAUAUUUCUGGGCCAAGUGUAGAUAUUAAGCCACCUGAAAUUGACAUAGAAGGCCCUGAAGGGAAGUUGAAAGGUCCACAUUUAAAGAUGCCAAAGAUGCCAUCAAUGAAUAUCCAUACACCAAAAUUAUCCAUGCCAGAUUUUGACUUAAAUCUGAAAGGUCCAAAAGUUGAGGGGGAUUUGAAAGGACCCAAAGGUGAUAUCAAGUGCCCAGAGGUUCACCUUGAUGCCCCUGACAUAGAUGUUGAUGGAAAAGUCAAAGGUCCCAAGUUCGGAUUGCCAUCAAUGCAGUUUCCAAAAAUGUCCAUGCCCGAUGUUGAUUUUAAUCUAAAAGGUCCUAAAAUUGAAGGUGAUUUGAAAGGUCCUAAUAUUGACAUAAAAGGUCCUGAGUUGAAUGUUGAAGGUCCAGACGUUGAAUUAGAGACACCAGAUAUCAAUUUGAGAGGCUCUGAAGGAAAAUUCAAAAUGCCCAAAUUUAAUAUGCCAAAAUUUGGUAUGUCAGGGCCAAAAGUGGAAGGACUGAAUGUAGAUGUUAGCUUACCAAAAGGCAAUGUUGAUAUUUCUGGGCCAAGUGUAGAUAUUAAGCCACCUGAAAUUGACAUAGAAGGCCCUGAAGGGAAGUUGAAAGGUCCACAUUUAAAGAUGCCAAAGAUGCCAUCAAUGAAUAUCCAUACACCAAAAUUAUCCAUGCCAGAUUUUGACUUAAAUCUGAAAGGUCCAAAAGUUGAGGGGGAUUUGAAAGGACCCAAAGUUAAUAUCAAGGGCCCAGAAGUUGACCUUGAUGUUCCUGAAAUAGAUGUUGAUGGAAAAGUGAAAGGUCCCAACCUUGAAGGAGACUUAAAAGUUCCUAAUAUUAACAUAAAGGGUCCAAAAUUGGAUGCUGGAGCUCCAGAUGUUGAUUUACAGAUAGGAGAUGUAAACCUGAAAGGCUCAGAAGGGAAGCUUAAAAUGCCUAAAUUUAAACUGCCCAAAUUUGAUAUCUCUGGUCCAAAGGGGGGGUUAGAUGUAGAUGUUAGCCCACCUAAAGGAAAUUUUGCUAUAUCAGGAGAUCUAGCCCUAUCUAGUCCUAAGAUAGAGACGGCACUACCAGAGGUGGAAUUUGAGGGUCCUGAUGGUAAGAUGAAAGGAUCUAAACUUAAGAUGCCUUCACUGAACCUACCAGAUGUAUCAAUGCCAGAAAUAAGUUUGAAAGGACCCAAAAUUAAAGGGGAUGUAGAUCUUUCUGGUCCAAAGCUAGAAGGAGAUGUAUCUCUGAAGAAUCCAAAUCUAAAAGGAGAUUUUGAGGUCACUGGACCACAGUUAGGAGAUCUAAAAAGCUCAGAAAUUGAUGUAGAUAUUGAUUUACCUGAGGGUAAUUUGAAAGUACCAAAAGUUAAGAAACCAAAGUUUGGUUUUGGCAUUAAGUCACCUAAAGCAGAAGUCAAAUCCCCCUCUGUAGAUGUUUCUGUUCCCGAUGUAGAUUUUGAUUCUGAAAUACCUGAUGUAAGUGUGAGUGGUAAGGGGAAAAAGGGAAAAUUUAAAAUGCCAAAAAUUCACAUGAGUGGCCCAAAAAUAAAAGGCAAAAAGGGUGGUUUUGAUGUAAGCACACCUAAUACGGAUAAUGACCUAAAUCUUAAUGCACCUGAUGUGGAUUUAAAUUUGCCAGGUGGAGAUAUAGAAGUAAAGACAGAAAUUGGCUUGAAAGCUCAUAAAACCCGAAAACCAUUGUUUGGAAAACUUCAUUUUCCGGAUGUGGAGUUUGAUAUAAAGUCUCCAAAAUUAAAGGGAGAUGGUUCUCUUCAGAGCCCUAAAGCAGACAUAAAGACUCCAGAUUUAGAUAUUGGUGGUGGAGUAAAAAUGCAGGAAGCUGAUUUAACAACUUCAGGAGUUAACAUUGAAGGUCCUGAUAUAAAGAUGAAGAAAAACAAAUUUAAACUUCCAGGUUUCAGUAUGUCAGGCCCAAAAGUAGAAGUGCCAGGUGCAGAUCUUUUGCUUUCUAAAGGAAGUGUUGACCUAUCUGGCCCAAAAAUUGACGUAGCAGCCCCUAAUCUAGAUGUCAAAACUGGUGCAAUGAGUAGUAACAGUAAGUUACCCAGUCUUUCUGCUGACAUGUUUGCACCCAAAAUUUCUGUUCCAGACAUUGAUUUAAAUUUGCAAGGACCAAAUGUUAAGGCAGAUAAAGUAGGCUCUGUUGACAUAAAUCCUCCCAACAUAGACACUUCUGGCAUAAGUGGCAAAUUUAAUGUGCCAGAAUUUGGUAUUUCAGGCCUCCCCCGAGGUGGAGCUGAUGUUAAUUUUGACACAAAAUUCAAAACGACAAAGCAAGAUUCUAGCUUCCAAGGCCCUUCAAUUACAACUUCUGCAACUGACAUCACUUUUCCAAAAGUAACUGGGUCAAACCUUGACAUCAGUUUGAGAGAACCAAAAAUUGAAGGAAAUUUUGGAAGUUCACCUGGAGUCGAUUUACCAAGUGUUAAUGUGAAAGGUAUUGGCAUGCAGGCUGGAUUAUCCGGUCAACAAUUGCAAUUACAAGGACCCCAGGUAAGGUUACCUAAAGGGGACUUUUCUGUAUCUAAACCAAAGACUGAUAUUUCUGGUAAAGAUGUAGCUUUAGACAUCAAUAUAAAAGGAUCUUCAUUUCAGACAUCGCCUGGAAGUACAUUUUCUGCUCCAGGAAUUAAUGUUAAUGGGCAAGGUGUAGAUUUGAAAGGAGACCUGUUAGGUGGUGUAGGAUACUUCAAAGGGGCAGAUCGUCUGAGAAUAGAAGGGACACAAGUAGAGGGUGAUCUGACUGGUCAUAAAGUUGAAGGAGGGUUGAAUGUGACACCAAUAGAUAUGAAUUUAGAAAGUUCUACUGGUAAAAUAACGUUUCCCAGACUUUUGAUGCCAAAAUUUUCAGCUUCUGGACUUGAGCCAUCAGGAAGGGAGGUGGGGGUUGAUGUAGAUUUUCCUUCUUCAGAUGUGCAGUUUGUAAAGUCUGGUCAGGCAGAUGUGGAUUUAGAGGAAAGUGACAUAAAAGUCAAAAAGUCUAAAAUAAAAAUGCCAAAGUUGAACUUUAGAUCCAAAGGAAAGGGUGAUACUAGUCUCCCAGAUGUUUCGAUGUCUGGGUCAAAGGGUGACUUUCAAAGUUCAAAGGUCACUUUAGGUUCUGCUGAAGGAGGAUUGGGGUCUGCUAAUCUUGAGGUGGAGAAACCUGCAAAGUAUGAGUUUUCUCUGUUUACCAGCAAAAAGACAAGACAUAGAUCUUCAUCUUUAAGUGAGGAGAAGGAUGAAUCAACACAUUCAUCACCUAGUGGCACAUUAGAAGCAGGAGGUUCACUAGCUGUAGAGGGGGGUAAAAAGAAGGGAAAGCAUUCGAAGAUCAAAUUUGGAACAUUUGGUGGCUUGGGAUCUAAAUCAAAGGGUUCUUAUGAGGUCACUUUAAGUGAUGAUGAAAAUAUCCAAGGAAGUGGAGCUUCUCUCUCUUCCCGUAAGUCCAGAGUGUCUUCAUCAUCAAGCAACGAUAGUGCAACAAAAGCAGGUGUCCGUCUUCCUAAAGUGGAACUCACUGUUGCUAAAAAGAAAGAAUAGGACUCCUCUUUAAGCCUAACAUGUAUAUAAAUAUAUAUAUCUGUGUGUUUGUACAUACAUUUAGCAGCCUUUAUAUGAUGAUAAUUCUUUAAGUAAACAGUAGAGAUAAAAACAGACAAUUGUCUAAUAAAUUUAAUGCGCAUAUUAAACCUUUCACUACCUAACCAAUUUUACAUGUAAACAUGACUGGCAGUGAAUGGUUUAAUGGUCUGCUAAGAGUAUAAGAAUUUGUACAUGGAAAUAUAUUUUCCAUAUUAUUUUUUUAACUUGAUUUACAGUUUGUUUUCUUUUGUGGGGCUUUACAGAUAGAUGCAAGCAGAUUUUUUAAGACAAAAACACUGUAAAUUGCAUUGAACCAGAUGGACAGCUGAAGUUCAGGGAAUUCUUAGAAAUAUAAAUGAUAACACAAAACUAUGUAAACCUUAAAAAAUUAUGCUAAUGCAGUUUUUACAGUUUUAUAGUCUUCAAAAUGACACCAGAAAUAACAAUGUUUAAAAUUUGUCUUGUUUAUAAAUUUGGGAUUUAGUUAAAAUAAUUGAGUCAGGCUGAUACAUAUUUUUAAAGAUUACAUUGAACUUGUCACCCCUCUCUUCAGCAGCCAAUGGUUAAAUGUUUUUUUUUUUUAAUCUGUACUAUAAGAAUUUCUUCUAUUGUCAUACCUAAACUGCCGCUUGGUGGACAUAAACAAGAUUUGCUUUUAUUUCUAGCAAAUAUAUGAUUUCAAAUAAAACUGUAACUUCAGAAAUCUGUAAGCACUUCAUUAAGAAAUGUGUUACGGUGGAUUGUUCAAGUCAAAAUAAAGCUUCUAACCUUUAUAAAAA